GCGGGGAGGGGGGGAUGCGGCCGCGGGGACGGCUCGGCUCUGCCGCAUCGCCUGUGCCGGGGCGGCGGCGGGCGUGACCUUGCGGGGCGCCCCGCGUCCGCGCUGCCCCGCCGGGGGCCGCGAGAGCCCCCCCCCCGGGCCCGCCGGGAGUCGCCGCCGCCCCCGUGCGCCGCGGGGCGCCGGUCCCCCCCCCGCCCGGCGCUGCCCCCCCGCCCCCCGGGGCCCCCCGCCCGGCGGAGGGGCCGGCCCGGGCAUGCGCUCAGCUCCCCGCCCGCGAAUGGAGGCUGGGGCCGCGGCCGAGCGGGGCCGGUCCUAGCGGGGCGCUCCGCAGGGCGGCCAUAAAUCACGGCGGGCAGAGCCGCCGCCGCCGCCGCCCCCCCGCGCCGCGCCGCCCCGGGAGCCGCCCCCGCCCGCCGCCGGGGGGGCCCCGCCGCCGCCCCCGCCCGCCCCCGGCCCCGGCCCCGCCGCCAGAGGCGGCCCCGCGCCUGCAGAUGUGGCGGAGCGGCGAGGCGUCCCGUCGGCGGGGGGGCCCGCUCCGCCGCGCCGCCCCGGCCCCCGCCCCGGCCCCGCGGAGCCGCCGCCGGCGCUGAGCCCCGCCGCCGCCGCGCCGCCGCCGCCCGCAGCCCGCCCGGCCGGCCCGCGGCCCCGGCAGCGCCGCCGGCGCCAUGCAUUCGCUGGACGAGCCGCUGGACCUCAAGCUGAGCAUCUCCAAGCUGCGCGCCGCCAGGGAGAAGCGCGAGCGGGGCUUGGCCGGCUCCAGGCCCCGGGGCCCACCCCGCGAGCCGCCCCGCGCCGAUGAGGGCGCCGCCGCCGCCCCGCCGCGGGCGCCCGGCUCGCCCAGCUCGCCGCCAGCCGGUGAGGCCGCCGCGCGUGCCGGGGGGCAGUGGGGCGGCGUGGGGGGCAGCGUGGCCAUGACCGCUCGGCCCCCCCCAGGCCUCCUGGCGCACUCCAAGUUCCUCGACAAGCGGGACGCCCGCUUCGCCGCCGUGCCCAUGAUGGACCUGAGCCUCUCGCCGCCCUCGGGCGUGGAGUCGCCCGGCGGUGCCGCCUCGCUCUCACCCGAGCGGCAGGGCAACGGGGACCUGCCCGUCCCCACCCCGCACGAUUUCCAGUCCCUGCGCUAUAUCGAUGGCAUCCCCAGCUCCUUCCAGUUCUUCCUGCCGCUGGGCGCGGGGGGGGCCCUGCACCUGCCCUCUGCCGCCUUCCUGCCGCCCCCCAAGGAGAAGCGCCUCUCGCCAGAGCUGCCCCUGCCCAAGCAGCUGGUGUGCCGCUGGUCCAAGUGCAACCAGUUCUUCGACCUCCUGCAAGACCUCGUGGACCACGUCAACGACUUCCACGUCAAGCCCGAGAAGGACGCGGGGUACUGCUGCCACUGGGAAGGCUGCGCCCGCCACGGCCGGGGCUUCAACGCCAGGUACAAGAUGCUGAUCCACAUCCGGACGCACACCAACGAGAAGCCGCAUCGCUGCCCCACCUGCAACAAGAGCUUCUCCCGCCUGGAGAACCUGAAAAUCCACAACCGCUCGCACACAGGCGAGAAGCCCUACAUCUGCCCCUACGAAGGCUGCAACAAGCGCUACUCCAACUCCAGCGACCGCUUCAAGCACACCCGCACCCACUACGUGGAGAAACCCUACUACUGCAAGAUGCCAGGCUGCCACAAGCGUUACACGGACCCCAGCUCGCUGCGCAAACACAUCAAGGCCCACGGCCACUUCGUGUCCCACGAGCACCAGGAGAUGCUCAAGGUCCACCAGCCGCCCAAGACGCCCCUGGGCUCGGCGGAAGUGCCUUACGUCAACGGGGCGCAGCUCAUCAUCCCCAACCCCGCGGCGCUCUUCGGCCCGCACGGGCUGCCAGGGCUGGGCGCCUCGCUGCCCAUCCCGCUGGCGCCGGCGCCCCUGGAUCUCAGCGCCCUGGGCUGCGGGGCCGUGGGCUCGGGCGCCCUGCCCGCGCUGCCCAGCCCCGUGCUCUCCCUCAACGGGGCCCCCUUGAACUUGGCCAAGAACCCGCUGCUGUCGUCCCCCUUCGCGGCGGGCGGCCUGGGGCUGCCCGUCAUGUCGCUGCUCGCCGGCGCGGGCAAGGUGGAGGCCGAGAAGUGCCACGGGGCUGACGGCCGGCUGCCCAAAAGCGGCAAGUCGCAGGGGCUGGAGAGCCGCAAGGAGUCGUGCGAAAGGACGGAGCUGGCGCGGCUGAGGGCCACCCCCGAGAGCCUGGCGAUGCUGCCCGGCGCCGUCCUGGACCUCUCCACCGGCGUGAACUCGGUGGGCAGCCCCGAGGCCCUGCCGCCCGGCUGGGUCGUCAUCCCGCCCGGCUCCGUGCUGCUCAAGCCGGCCGUGGUGAAUUGAGAGGCCGACGAUGCCCAGGUCCGGCUGCAGAGCCCGCGGGCAGACCCCGGCUGGGAGGGGGCCGGGGGUGCAAACCCCACGCCGUCACCCCACCACGCCAUCCCGCGCCCCAGACUUUGGCUUUCUCUUGUUUUUAACCUUCACGAAAGAAGAAACGGACUCUUCUGAGAAAAGCAAUAAUCCCUCGGCGGCCACGGCCAGCUACGACCCCGUGCCGGGCUCAGCCCGGCGCGACGCACUCCAGCAGCCGCCUCGCAGCCCCCCCGCUCUGCCAGCCCCACCCCGGCCAGAGCAGGCCCAGCCCGGCCAGACACUGCAGGCGCAGUCCCAGGCCCCUGCCGGAGCCGGGCAGCGGUGGCGGAGCCGGUCCCCAGGGUGCUCCAGGCUGGUCCUGCGGGGAGGCGGCCUCCCCCCCCACCCCUUCCUGCCUGGCUCGGGCCUCGGCAGCUGGAGACGCCUCUAUUUAUUUAUCGACCAGACCCCCCGCGCUCCGACAGGGCCCCAGUUGGGCUCUUCUGCUCUUGCUGACUCGGUGUCUCCCUGCCUGAGGCCUCGGGCCCCAACGCUGCUGUCGGCCACCCGUCCCAGCGCAGCCUGUCUGGGCGUGGGGGGGGGGGGGGGGGGGGCCACUGUCCCCAUCCUCCUGCUGUGGCUGGUGCAGGGAGGAGCAGGUAGAGCAUGGGGACAGCAGGGUGACAGCUCGGGGACCCGCUCUCGCAGCCUUGAGCUUAGGCAGGAGCCCGGCCACACCGGCUGUCCCGCACUGCAUGGCCUGGCACAGCUGCGGGCUGGCCGAUGGCACCACGGACACAGCGGGCCUCGUGCAGCGCCCUGCUCCACGCUGGAGCUGCAGCAUCAUGGCGGUGCCCGCUCCCUGCCAGCCUCGCUCCCUCCCUCCUCGCCAUGCCAGCGCCGGCCCUGCGGGCUCGCUGCGUGCCACCACUGGAAGAGACGCCCUCCGUGGAGCUGGCAGCACGUGCCUGGGAGAGCCGAGCCCAGCUGGCUGGGCACGCGCCGGGGCGGCCGCCUGCCACGCCAGCCCGCUGCCCUUCCCCGAACACCCCUCCUGCACUGCAGAUGAGGCCGAACUUGGAGACUCCGGACCGCACGGCGUCAACCCCUCUCCUGGACCACGAGCGCCAGCCCGUGCUCGCCCGCCCCGUGCCAAGGACAGCCCCGCGUCGCCUCCCGGACCCCCCCCCCGUGACAAGGCAUAUGGCUGCGUAUGCCGCUCACCGCGCCGGCUCCGCGCCCGGGGCAGAGCCAUCGUGUUUAGCUAUGUUCAUACCUAACCAUGUAACGCAAGUGCAUGCAGCCAGCAGGCAGCACGGGCAGGACUCCGGCCUCGGCUGUGCCAGGCUCCACGGGCACCGGCAGGGCUGCGGGCAGCGCUGGGGGGACCCAUUGCCCCAGCCCCGGCCUGUGCCACUUGGGGGUGGUGGCUGGGUGCUGCUGUGCCCCAUGCCAGCUCUCUCCUAGGUGCCCUCAGCUCGACUGUGUACUCGCCUAUCCGAGCUGCCACAUGGGCAUGGUGCCACUGCCCGAAUUGCGGUGCCAGUGCUCCAUGCCGAGCCCCUCGGUUUCUGCAGCCCCCUGGGCAGCAUCUUCCUGGGCUGGCACAGGGACUGCAGGGCCCAAGCCACGCGGACAUGCGGGACACCCUCUCCUUGCGAGCCUAGGAUGCACUGACCCAAGUUCCCGAAGGAGCCCCCCGGGGCCGCAGGGCAGCGUUGGCACGGGCCGGACGCUGCCACGUCAGCGCCGUGUGGCCCCGGCAAGGCACCUGGCCAGUCACGCACCUGGGCGCUGGGCCUGGCUGUGCCCCGGCAGCCGGGGCUGGGACACGCGGCCUUGCCCUGGCAGGGCCGGGGCUGCGAGCGGUGCCAGGACCUGGCCGCAUGCCCGGCCUCCGCGUGGGCAGACCCCCAGCCCAGCCGGGGCUGGCUCGGCACGUCACCCCCGCUGCCCCAGCCAGCCGGACACCAGCUGCCCCGGCGCCGUGUGGCGAUACGGGAACGCUGAGCAGCCCGCACCAUGCCGGGCGCGUGGGCCAGGGUCGCUGCAGGGCCCUGGCACGGCUCUGCCAGCAGCAGCAAGAGCAAGCAGGGAGCCCUCCGGGGAUGGGGCUGUCCCCCACCUGCCGGGGUGGCAGACGACCCUGCCAAGCUGCCCCAGCUGGUGUCGGGACCCUUGGGCUCCAGCCUUGCGCACGCAUCCCCAACCCUGACCCUCCCUCCCCGAGGGACCGCUCGUACUUGCCAUGGGGCCGUGACCGCCCCCAGCACGGGGGCCCAGCUUUCCCUCGACCGCCCCCGCUCCCGUGGGGUCACUGGCAUCCCCCUCGCCCCGCUGGCACACACAAAGGGGUCCUGCGUACCUCGUACCUGCCCCUGGGCAGGACCCCUGCUCACAGCUCUCUCCGAACCGGCGGUCUCCCUGACCCUGUCCUAGCCCCGCUGCUGCUGGAAGGAGUCCCCUCGGGGGGCUGAGGCUUGGGAAAGGCCCCCACCCAAAGCACCGGCACCCCCACGCGCCCCACGGGGAGCCGGUCUCCCUGUGCUCACCCUGCUCGGGCUGGGGCGCCACGGGCCGCCCAGCGCUGCCACAGCAUGGCAUUCGGCCAUCGACCAGGCCUCCCCGGCCGGUGUACGUUUUCUUGCUCGUUUGUUGGUUUGUUGUUGCACAUUCCAGGACAUCAGUAUUUUAACGGUCUCUAAGUGCCUUUCUAUUGUAGUUUCUGGGUUGUUUUUAUUUUCCUCCUGUUGGGCUCCAUCGCUGUUAGCAUAGAGUUUAAGGACUACAGAAGUAAGAGAUAAGCUAACGAUUAUAACACUAUAUUCCUCCAUGGGAGAGGAAGUUUAUUAAGAAAACAAUAAAGUGAAAUUGAAGUAA